AUGAGCAGAUCUGUCUGUCUGGGUUUCACCCAUCACAUCUUCAUCACAUUCGGACAUAUAUCAUCACUGUUUUCCAUCUCUCCUGCCACUGUCAUCGCCUGUUUUUCGAUCCAGGAUAAUUAUCUGCCUUUUUACCGUCGCGUGGUCCACUAUCUGUGUUUCAGCAGCAGAAAUGGACAACAGCUCGACGACUUGUCCAUUUGACACACAGGGCUACAGUUCAACAUUUAAGCGGAAACGGACAGUGGAAGAUUUCAACAAGUUCUGCACUUUUGUGCUCGCAUAUGCCGGUUAUAUUCCUUAUCCACAGGAGGAGGGGCACUUGAGGAACAGCUCUAGUCCUCCCAACAGCACCGGCAGCACUGCAGACAGCGACGGAUGGGACAACCAGAGGCUGGGUUGCGGCCUCUCGUCUCCGGACGAGCCCCCACCCAAAAACCGCAAGAGCUUUGCUGGAUUCAAGAGAACCGCGAGUGAGGAUUUGGAGCCUCAGAAGCGUCAGAAAUCAGCAGGUCUUCUCCUGGAGGGUCGAACAAAGGCUGACAAAGUGAAAAAGAAGAAGAAGAAGCUGAGGAAGAGCAAGGAUGAGGAAUUGAGAUCUUUCGCCCCAUUUACUCCUCCCAGUGCUGAAGGUGAGAUUUCUAAUUAUGGAUGUACCAUCAAAGAAGAACCGGAAGAUUACCUCAGCAUCCCUGUACCCACUGACAGCAUGGAUAGCAACCAGCCUAUACCCACUGGCCCAAGUUCAAAACCUGCCUUGAGUUCACCGGCUACUGCAAAGUGCAAAGAGGAGCCUGAUGUUGGCCGUCCUUGUUGGAACAGUUCUAAAAGUUCAAGUCCAAAGUCAGAGGAUGUCGAGAAACCCUUAAAACCUGAAGAAGAGGCAGUAGUCUUGAAGGUCGAAGGUUUUUCUGGUAAAAGGAUUGUGGUCCGUCAGGGGAAACAAGUGGUGUUUAGAGACGAGGAUGGAUCGGGGGAUGAUGAGGACAUCAUGGUGGAUUCAGAUGAUGACUCCUGGGACCUAGUGACAUGUUUCUGCAUGAAGCCGUUCGCCGGGAGGGCGAUGAUCGAAUGCAACCAGUGCAACACCUGGAUCCACCUCUCAUGUGCCAAAAUCCGCAAGUCCAACGUCCCCGAGACGUACAUCUGCCAGACGUGCAAAGACUCAAAGUUUGACAUUCGCCGCUCCAAUCGCUCACGAGUGGGCUCUCGAAAACACCUCCUCGACUGAUGC